UGUUGCAUAUGGUGUGUGGUUGUGUCUGUAAGGUGUUUAUAUAUGUGUGCAUGUUUUUAGCUGUUUACAAACAUUGCAGUAGUGAUUGAACUAAAAAUGUUUCCUGUCAGCACACAAAAGAAAUACUGGACAUUUGUUGAUGAGACAGAUUUAAUUCGUCUAAGACAGGAGGCAAACAGAAAAUUCGUUUUGAAGCAUGGAGCAAAUAUGACCGAAGAACAACGCAAGCAGACGUUCCUCAGUGCAGCUGAUGAGAGACUCCUAUUGCGACAGUAUGAGUUGCAAUUGAGAGAUUUCUGCCGUCGGUUUAACCCGCCCAUGCCACGUUCAGUGAUUGGAACAGCUUUCCAUUACUUCAAGAGGUUCUACUUGCACAACUCUGUCAUGGACUAUCACCCGAAGGAAAUUCUGGUCACAUGUGUUUACUUAGCCUGUAAGGUAGAGGAGUUCAACAUUUCAAUACAGCAGUUUGUAGCAAACAUCAAGGGUGAUCGAGAGAAGGCAUCAGAUAUAAUUCUGAAUGAUGAGCUGCUGCUGAUGCAACAACUCAACUUUCAUCUCACAGUGCACAAUCCGUAUCGACCUGUCACUGGUCUACUCGUCGACAUUAAGACUCGAUGUUCACUGAAAGAUCCAGAUCGCUUGCUUCCUGGGAUUGAAGAGCUGCUGGAGCGUACAUUCCUCACAGAUGCAUGCCUCCUGUAUGCACCAUCACAGAUAGCUCUGGCUGCCAUAUUACAUGCAGCCAGCAAGAUACAAGAAAACUUGGAUUCUUAUGUCACUGAAACCCUCUUUGGAAGACCUUCCAUUGAUAUAUUGCCGAACAUUAUUGAAGCUGUUAGGAAAAUUCGUUCGUUGGUCAGAUCUAUAGAGAACCCACCACGGGAGAUGGUUCGUCAGCUAGAAAAGAAAUUAGAGAAAUGCAGAAACCAGGAAAAUAACCCAGACAGUGAAAUCUACAAACAGCGAAUGCAGGACAUGCUGGACGAAGAGGACGAACGCAGCAGUGAGACCUAUGCUCGGCUUGCUAGGGAACAGGCUAAUGAUGAGGAAAGAUUACUAGGAAUUUCGAAAGUCUUGUCGCCUUCAGCAUCAUGAAUAAAAAAAAGAGUUUUGAUGUAAAGGAGAAGUAGGAAGCUAUGGAAGAAUGGACAAGAGGAAUGCUGAUAGACUGAAAAAUAAAAAGAUAAAAGGAAGGAAUAUAGAAGAAAGAAGGGAAGAAGAGAAAGAUAUUGAAAGGUUAAAGAAAGUGAUUACGGAAACUGUGUUAGUACAAGGGAGACAGAAAGAGGAGAGCAGUGACGAUAGGACAGACAAAUGAAAGGGAUAAAGUAAAUGGGCUAAUAACUGUUUUUUAAUGGAGAUAGAGGAAAGAAGGGAAAGAGGAAUUAGGAUAGAAUGGACCAAUAAAAGGGAUAGGAAAGUAUUAGAGAAGAAAGUGAAGAGGAUAAAGGUAUGAAAAUGUAUAAGAGACUGCCCAGUACAUUUUGAGCAGGCUAUAUGAGUGCUGCAAUAACAGAGAAGGUCCACAAGUUUGAGAAUGGCCCAAUUCAGUUGUCAGAAGUUUUCCCUCCGUCAGUGUGGACUGCCUCCUCCUAUGGACCCCUAAAGAUGGGUAAUCUUGUCUUCCUACAAACUACCAAUACGUCACUCAUAUGAAGGCUGUUCAUAGCGUUGCUACUGAGUACACUUGGUUGCCAGCAGUCAUAUGGCUGUGUGCAUGACAUGCCAGCAGUUAACCAUAAGCUGUGCACUAAAAUGAGUACACGGAAAUAGUGUGACAUGGUUAAAUUCCGACAUUCCAGGUGCAGAAUCUGUCCAAACAGGAUGCUACUACUGAUAUUCAAGGAACGUGACAUCGUCAUCAACACAUCUCCUUUGUGGAAUCCUGUGAGGCCUUUGUACUGCCAUCAAGAGAAAAUACUUCAGCAUGCUCAUAAGGGGUGUCAUGGUACACAGCAAUGUCCAACCCCAUGUAUUCACACUCUGGGACACGCUUCACUCCACUUGCUGGAGGAUAUUGUUGGACCAUCCCCUUACACCCCAUACCAGUCACUGUGUGACUUUUAUGUGCUAGAUGCCUUCAGGGAAGAACUAAAGGGCUCUAGGUUCAUGUUGGACGGAGACAUGAAGACCAUGAUGGUGUUGUGAUUGCUUGCCUUGACCAGCACCCUUGCGAACUAUUUCUAACAGCCUCUACUUCUUUGUCAUGCAUAGGUUUAAUUUGAACAAGCCUUAUAUUACAUUGGCACAGAAUCACAAGAAUGCCCAGAAAAGAUAGCAGUACUUGUUCCACAGGAAGAAUCUUUCCACAAUUUGUCAUUGUGAACAAGUCCAUCGCAUCAUUGAACACCAGGAUUUAACAGUAGCUGGAAAGAAAGCCAUGUACUGUCCUCCCAUGAAGAGAAGGCAAGGCAAUUACUGAGGCCCACCAGCCUGUAGUAAGACAGCAGCAGAUUUUCAGAUGACUCUGUUACCAUUGUGUUUCUGAAUGAACAAUAUCGUGGUGAAAGUCAGCCAGUUCUAAUCACAUGCCUUGCCAUUUCAGUUAUUGUAGUGUAGUACGUGCCCCAUUGGAAAUACACAGGUCAUUCAAUUCAGGCAUCUGAUGACUCAGCCUCAGAUGACAUGGUCACACUGACUGAUUCCAUGAUGCUGAAUCCUUGAAAAUCAUACUAUGUCACAAAAAUCAUGACAUAGCUUGAUGGGGACUCAAAAAGAAACUGUAGUUGUGUCAGUGUGUGUAUUAUUACGAGUAAAUGUAAUGAAAAUUCUGUAUUUAAGUAUACUGUUGCAAGCCAAAUUAAAACAUCUAUAUAUAACACAGUCUGCCAGUAAUGCAACAAUUAUUCCUUUUCUUUUUUCCACUUAUACUUUAAUGCAACAUGUUUCGGCCUCAGAUGGCCAUCCUCAGGUGUCCCAGUAUGUCAAGACACGGAGAGAAAUGUAUUGUUCUAAACAAAUGGAUGACACCCCUUGUGAGGUGGAAUAGAAUUUAACCAAAGUGAUGAAAAUUUUAAUAAAAAAUUUUGAUGGAUUUUAUUUUAUUUUAUUAAGUGCACUACAGCACGUGAAUUUGCUGCAUAUAAAUGCAGAGUAGCAGUUCUGAUAUAUUGGGACACCUGAGGAUUGGCCAACUAAGGCCGAAACAUGUUGUGUUAAAGUGUAAGUGGAAGAAAAGGGAACAAUUGUUGCAUUAUUGACGGACUGUGUUAUACAUAGACAAUGUAAUGGAAAGUCAAGUACAUGGCAUUCUUUACACAUGGCCUCUAUUUUCUGUUCUUAAUUUAAGAAAUGCUGCUUAGUGCUGGCCUUACUGUUCCUAUGGCAUUACUAUUACUGGUUAUGUGAUCUUCUAGGUUAUGACAUUGUGUAGUCUCAUAGGCUAUUAUCAACAUUUCAAAGAAAUUACUGUUCCCAUCUUCAUUUUACCUUGAAGAUGAGAGCAGUAUGUUCUUCUGAAAUGUUGGUAACAAUGAACUGCAUUAUGUGGUAUCAUAAUUCUGAAGACUACAGUGUAAAUAUUCAGCACCAUGAAAACCACAGAACUCUGAAGUCGUAACAUCAUUUCAAGUUCCAUAAGUUGUCAGUAAUGACUUCCUUGGAAUCUCAGAAUGAAUGCAAAAAUAUAUGGUAUGAGGUCUGUGUAAUGUUGCUUCAGUUCUGUAAAUGUUAUCCACUUGUGGCACUGCUUAAGUUCAGCACAGCAGUGACACGAUAUUACCAGUUAUAGUAGAGCGCAUAGUGACAUUAUUCCUCAUACAUGGUACAUGUAAUGUUUUGAUUAACUUAAAUCUUAUUUUAAUUUUAUGUAAGAAUGGAGAUUAUCUAACAGUUUAAAGUUGCACUGAUGGCCUUUUUAGUAAAUUCUCUUAGAAUCUGAAUUAAAUUUUUGUAAUGAAACAUGGAUGAAUACAAGACAUCAAAGAUCUUCCAAAUUUGAUGAACAUUUCAGCACAGAAAGAGCUAUACAUUUGGAACCUUUCAGCCAGAUCAUUAGUAUUAUACAGUAUUGUUAUAUUCCAGAGGCAACAGUUAAACUUAUUGUUAUGUGCCUUUUAUGCCUGUGUGUAUGGAAAUGGACUGCCUCUGUGGUCGAGUGGCCAGAGUUCCUGGCUACAGAUCCAGAGGUCCCGGGUUCGAUUCCCGGC